AUCCACUCACUUUGGCAAGAGUCAGUCUCCCCUUAACGAGAGGCAUAAAAUUUUUCUUCGUCGCCCUGCUACCUCGCUCGUCACUCGUUGGCGCACGCAUUCUUGUUUGUGAUUCAGUUUCAGUCAGUCGUGUAGUAGUUUCCAGAUUAAAAUAUUAAUAAUGAAGGUUUUUAUCGUAGUAAUUGCCCUCGUGGGGGUUAGCUUGGCGCAAGUACAACGUGACCGAGACGACAGAACGACCACUACACCGGUCCCGAUUCUUAAGUCGAUCAAUAAAGUAAAUGAGGACGGAUCUUACACCUACGGCUAUGAAAAUGCUGACGGUUCCUACAAAAUCGAAACGAAGGAUAACAAAGGCCAAGUUCAGGGAAAAUAUGGCUACUACGAUGAUGCCGGUACUCUCCGAGAAAUUGAGUAUGGCGCAUCAAAAUCCGGCUUUUACCCGACCGGGACGGACAUUAAUGCCCCCGAAGUAGCCCCCCAUAGAGAAGAUGGACCUCAAGAUGGUUCCUACGACCCUGAAUUGUACACUUACCCGUACCAACACGGUUACGAGGCCAAUCAGAUCCAACCCCAACAACAGCAACAACCUGGACUUCGACGAGUCCGAGUCAAGACGGGCAGACGCGUCGUACAACAAAACGCUGGACAACAGUACCAACAAGCCGUCCAACAAUACCAACAACCUCAACAAUACCAACAGCCCCAGCCCCAACAAUAUCAGCAACCCCAACCCCAACAAUACCAACAACCCCAGCAACCCCAAUACCAGCCCCAACAGUACCAACCCCAACAACCCAACUAUUACCAAGCCCAACCCCAAGCUCCCGUCUUAUCCUCGGCGCAACACUUUCAAGGCCACCCUGCCAGAAAUAUUGACCUCAACACGGGCUCAUACUCGGUCAAUUAUUCGGGUUAAAUUUCCUCUAGAAAAAUAGUUCAUUAAUUAAGUGUACAAUUUAAUAUUUGGCCAUUCUUACCAAGAGAACUUUUACUUUUAUAGUAAAUUAUUAAAGACAAAUAUGUAAGUGUUGAUUAAUUA